UGUGCAGUGUUCCAUAUCUUGUCUAUAAAUGUGGAAGUUCCUACCUCAAUCCAAUUCCAAACCAACCUAGCUGUCUAUCACUAACUCUGCGUCUGCAUCAUAUCAAUGGCUAAGACUACUCCUAACCACACACAAACUGUAUCUGGUUGGGCAGCUCAUGAUUCUUCCGGCAAGAUUACCCCAUACACCUUCAAAAGAAGGGAGAACGGUGGUACUGAUGUGACUAUAAAGAUAUUGUAUUGUGGAAUUUGCCAUACUGAUGUCCAUCAUGCCAAAGAUGACUGGGGCAUUACUAUGUACCCUGUUGUUCCAGGGCAUGAGAUCACAGGGGUUAUAACUAAGGUUGGUAGUGAUGUGGAGGGAUUCAAAGAUGGAGACAAAGUGGGUGUGGGGUGUUUGGCUGCUUCAUGUUUGGACUGUGAGUACUGCAAAACAGAUCAAGAGAAUUACUGUGAGAAGUUGCAGUUUGUAUACAAUGGUAUUUUCUGGGAUGGUAGCAUCACCUAUGGUGGCUACUCACAAAUGUUGGUCGUAGAUUACAGAUAUGUAGUACACAUUCCAGAAAGCCUACCAAUGGAUGCAGCAGCACCUCUACUCUGUGCUGGAAUAACAGUAUUCAGUCCCUUGAAGGACCACGGUUUGGUAUCAACGGCAGGGAAAAGAAUUGGUGUUGUUGGUUUGGGAGGACUUGGUCACAUGGCUGUAAAAUUUGGUAAAGCAUUUGGUCACCAUGUUACUGUCAUAAGUACUUCUCCUUCCAAACAAGCUGAGGCUAAGGAACGUUUGGGAGCUGAUGAUUUCAUAAUCAGCACUAAUCCAGACCAAUUGCAGGCUGCAAAGAGAAGCUUAGAUUUCAUUUUGGACACUGUAUCAGCAGAUCAUGCUCUAUUGCCCAUAUUGGAAUUACUCAAAGUAAAUGGGACUCUAUUUAUCGUUGGUGCACCUGACAAGCCAUUACAAUUGCCUGCAUUUCCAUUGAUAUUUGGGAAAAGAUCCAUAAAAGGUGGAAUCAUAGGAGGAAUAAAAGAGACUCAAGAAAUGUUGGAUGUUUGUGGGAAGCAUAAUAUCACAUGUGACAUUGAAUUAAUCAAAGCUGAUACAAUCAAUGAAGCUUUUCAGCGUCUUUUGAAGAAUGAUGUUCGUUACCGUUUUGUCAUUGACAUUGCUAAUGCUUCCCCUGCAACCUAACCUAAAACCCUUUGCUUUGGGAAUGAUAUAUAUAUAUAUAUAUAUAUCAUGGAUAACUGUUUUGUUUUUGUUGUUGUAAGACUCAGUUCAAAAAUACACCCUAGUCUAUCUAUUUUAAUAAGAUUACUUAUCUAUCCUAUCCUAUCCUUGAAUAUUACUCGGAUUGGUCCUUUAAUAAUGGAGUACUUGGUCAUUCAUUUUAAAAA